AUGAUCUUUUCUUCUUACGAGGCCGUGGUUUUCGUGUCAUCAAUCUUCGUCGCUGAGUCAGCGUGGUGGACCGACGAUAUUAUCUCGAAGACUCCAAAUCCUUCGCGCCAGUGGGGCUAUUACGAUCGCGCUAUAAAUUUCUACGUGAGUUCCAGUGGAGCUUCGGGGAAUAUUCUCACGCUUAUAGAUAUCAACUGCGGUUUGAAUCGUUCAAUCAUCGAGAAAUAUCCAAUAACACUGUACCAAUCAUUGAACAGACACAGUGCCGCAGAGUUCCGCAAGGAUCUCGUGACCGAGACCCUGAGGGCUUUCUCUAAUAAGUCUGGGACCCCUUUCACCCCAUACAGUGGAGCCCGCCUACUGUUCGCUCUCUGUGAGCCGCGCUUAGUCGGUUUCCCAUUGUUCGGAUCAAAUCGAAAUUAUCCGUCUUUCGAAGAAGUGAUCCUCUUCGCUCAGAUCGCGCUGUCCCGAGCGCAGUUUUUCGAUGUCCGAAGCAAAGCUCUUUUCUACUUCAUCAACAAUGAGGCGCAGAGAUGCGCCCUGCUGCCGAACCUGUUAGGGAUCCGCGGGAUUAAACUCAUGUUCGGAAUCCUGAACUGCAUCAACCAGCAGCAAAUUAUUUUCAGCACGCUAUCAUUGUUCAUCCACGAGAUCGAAGACACCGGCGUCUUCAGUUCGAUCGUCCCGUCAGACAUAAUGUUCUUCAAAGUUUUUAUGCGAGGUUUUUCCCUCAUUCCCGGUCUGUCUUUUCUCACUCAGGCUGACAUCGAGAAAGCCUUGUUCGAACUCCAAGCCAUCGAUCUCCUUAAGCCAAGAGAAAUCAUCGUGGACAUAGAGAUCAAAGAUAUCUACGUGUCGCUCAUCUCUCAAUACGACGUCAACAACGAUACGAAAAGCCUGUCUGUUUACUACAUAUCAGACGCCACGGAUCUCGAUGCUGUUGCGCCUUUCAUGAAGUUCAUGCUGCUCGAAACCUCAGCGCUGAGAGCGAUUGCAGUCGCGCCCGACGAGAAUGUACCAGCCCAAACAUUCCGCGCCAAUCUUCUGCGUGAAUUGAGCGGCAUCCCGGGUGCGAUUGAAGAAGUGGCCGAAUGCGCGACUUUCGUCGAUCCCAGGGCCCCGGCCGCCAGCGAUUCCCGCACCGAACACAGAGCUCUGCUGGUGAAAUACUACUACGAUGAGCAAGGUCAUCAAAGAUCAGAUAAGGUCAGGUGGGACCUUGUUCUGAACGCCGUGCAGAAGAACAGAGCCCUAUGCCAGAAAGGCGAUGUCCUGGAUCGUCUCCAGGGGAGCACGCUGUCGAGAUUCCCAUUCUACAGUGUGCCCGUACCGUCGGUAAUGCUGAAACGUGUCCUGGUGGAGUUCGAAGAAUGGCAAGCUCUAAACAAAGAUCAAUCCUGUGACUUCAUUGUGAAGCCCGAUACUCGAGUGAGCGUCGAUGAAACUUUCAGGAAAUCGAUCGGGGUCCUCAAAGAGAACAGCCAUAAAUUCAAUUUGAGUCGGAGUCAGGACCUGCUCUUGGCAAAAGCCGACUAUUCGACUUUGCAGCAUCUGAUCGAGGGCUUCAUAACACGAAUCAUGAAGGAUAAUAGCUCCAGACUCCUCCCCACUCCGGCGGUAACGAAAUCCGUCAGAGUUCAGAUAACACUGGGUUUUUGGAAAUUAGCGAACCUCUUGGCAACAUACGGUUUCAACUAUAGUGCCUCCCACACGUCCUUCUCGAAAAGCAAGAGAGAGUAUCUGGAAAAUCUUCAGUUGUCUGAAACACUCUCUGCUGACGAUUGCGCCGCGUGGUACGAGAACCCUCAGGGGGUUCGCCUUCAACGUUGCUAUGGGGAAAGUCAAUUUAAUCUAGACUUGCAAUCCAGCCCGACCGUCAGUCUCCGACAUCUGCUCGUGGCCUUCCAUUUGUUGCUGAUCGCCUUACCUCUGUGUUUGUGCGCGUUCAUGAUUGAGAGCUUGUGCUAUGACCUGAGGGAUGAUUGCAUCUUCAACUGUUGA